GCGCAGCAAAUUACGCCUCCGCACGCGCACCCCCUCUCGAUACUCGAUAGCCACAGCCGCGCCUUCUUCUCCGUCCGAGCUCAGCCGCUCUCUUUUCCUCUCCUCCGAUUCGUGCUCGUCCAGCUCUAGUGGGUUGGGGUACACGUCCGGCGACGAGCGAGAUGUCUGAAUACCAGAACGUUGUUGGGGGAAGGCUGAAGCUGAAGGGGAAAGCACUGGAUGUGAAGGAAGGUGGAGUCAAGAAAAAGAAGAAGAAGAAGCAGCACCGUGAGGAGUCAUCUCAGAUCGGCCACGACGAGCUUCAUGAAGGGGGAAGCUCUGAAUUGCCAACAGAUCCUAACAAUGAGCUGACUGAAGCUGACAAGUUGGGGGAGGAGGAAGGGAACCCACACCCUGACUACGACCACCUCACACCAGCCGAGCGACGUUACAUGGAACAGAAGCAGAAGAUUGACAUGCAGAAGUUGGCCAAAGUCUCCAACAAGUCGCACAGGGACCGUAUCCAGGACUUCAACCAGUACCUGGCAAACCUCAGCGAGCACUACGACAUCCCAAAAGUUGGUCCUGGCUAAUAUGGACAAACUGCCUUGCUUCACAGAAACGAUUGUAUGCUUGGCCUAUUAAGCCUUAUAUUGCCUUAUAUUCGCACGCUAUGUGUUAUCAGUAUGUUGUAAAACAAAUCGAUUGACACUGAAGACAGUAUUUUAUUUCAAAACCAUGUUCCGAGCAUUGGCCAUUUUGAGUAUC